AUGGCCUCAUUUCUUCCCCGUGCCGGUCUUCGCGCCUUCACCGCUCUUCCCCGGGCCACUCCCUUGACUAGGGUUACUUUUGCCUCCAAGCUUCCCCGCACCCAGCCUUUUUCUCAACCCCUCGCUCGGCGAUUCCUCGCGACUGUUCCGCAGGAGCAGCCCAGAAUCCGUCUUGGUUCUACCGCCCCCAACUUCAAGGCUACCACCACGCACGGCGAGAUCGAUUUCCACGAAUUCAUCGGCGACAGCUGGGCCAUCCUCUUCUCACACCCUGCCGACUUCACCCCCGUCUGCACCACCGAACUCGGCGCAUUCGCCAAGCUUAAGGAUGAAUUUGACCAGCGGGGCGUCAAGAUGAUCGGGCUGAGUGCCAACGACCUCAGCUCUCACGACAAAUGGAUCGACGACAUCAACGAGGUCUCCAACACCAACGUGCAAUUCCCCAUCAUCGCCGACGCCGACCGUAAAGUCGCCUUCCUGUACGACAUGAUCGACCAGCAGGACCUGGAUAACAUCGCGGAAAAGGGCAUCGCAUUCACCAUUCGCUCCGUGUUCAUUAUCGACCCGUCCAAGAAGGUCCGGUUGACGAUGAUGUAUCCGGCUUCGACGGGCCGGAACUCGGCCGAGGUGUUGCGGGUGAUCGAUUCGUUGCAGACGGCGGAUAAGAAGGGCAUCGCGACGCCGAUUAACUGGAAUGUUGGUGAGGACGUGAUUGUGCCGCCGUCGGUGUCGACGGAGGAUGCGCGGAAGAAGUUUGGUGAGGUUAGGGAGUUGAAGCCUUACCUACGGUAUACCAAGUAUUAA